AUGGGCAGCCCGAUUUCCGCCUUAAUUGCCGACCUAUACAUGGAAGCCUUUGACGAACAAACCUUAGCUACCGCCCCACAACCACCGAGAAUAUGGAAGCGCUAUGUAGAUUACACGUUCACCGUCAUGAAACAGCACAACGCGGGUAACUUUCUGAGCCACCUCAACCAACAACACCCGUCCAUCCGCUUCACCAUGGAAACUGAGAAUAACAACAAGAUCGCCUUCCUCGACAGCCUCGUAACAAGGGAACCAGACGGUAAACUGCUCACAAGUAUAUACAGAAAACGCACACACACCGACCAGUACCUCGCCUAUGAUUCGCACCACCCACAAUCUGUUAAACGUGGUAUUGUCAAGUGUCUACAUGAUCGAGCUAAACGCAUCAUCACCAAGCCAUCUGGAACAGCCCAGGAGAAAAAACAUCUAUUCACAGUUCUCGUCGCCAACGGCUUCCCUCCGUCCUUCUUACAGAAGGUGACCAAAACCAGGAAUCCAACACCCGAGAGGGAAACAGCAUAA